ACGGUCCGAACACCGACGUCAUCGAUCAGCACAGUGGAGCACGCAGCACAGCCAGCGUUAGCUCGAACGUAGCGGUUAUGAUUUGUCCAACUUCCAGAUAACCUGCAGCCUCGCGAAAAUGACAGACUACGCCGAAGAGCAGAGGAAUGAACUUGAAGCCAUAGAGUCCAUCUACCCUGACUCUUUUACAGUGCUUUCAGACGACCCCACCAGCUUCACCAUCACUGUAACAUCAGACGCGGGGCAAAAUGGUGAAAUCGUGGAAGCAACCCUUAAGUUCACGUAUGUAGAGAAGUACCCGGAUGAGCCUCCGCAGUGGGAGAUCUUCUCCCAGGAGAACCUGGAGGACAGCGAUGUGGAGGACAUCCUCACCUUACUGCUGCAGCAGGCAGAAGAGAACCUUGGCAUGGUGAUGAUCUUCACUCUGGUGACAGCCGUUCAGGACAAACUCAACGAAAUAGUGGAUAUGAUGAAGAACAGACGAGAAGAAGAGAAACGACAGAAAGAGGCCGAGGCAGAGGAAGCAGAGAAGGUGUUGUUCCAUGGCACAGUGGUGACCAUUGAAAACUUCCUGACGUGGAAAGCCAAGUUUGAGCUGGAGAUGGCUGAGCUGAGGAGUAAAAAACAGAAAGAGGAGGAGCAGGGAGGAAAGCUCAAACUCACAGGUAAACAGCUGUUUGAGACGGACCACAACCUGGACACGUCAGACAUUCAGUUCCUUGAAGAAACUGGGAACAACGUCGAAGUGGAUGAGUCACUCUUCCAGGACAUUGAGGACUUGGACUUGGAUGAGGACGACCCCGACUUUGACCCUUUACAGAUGGGGAGUGAUGAGGACUGAAACAGGACACCUGCUCCUCACUGGGAUUCGACCAUCUGACCAGUCACAAUAGUUUUGGAAAGACUCUUGGAAGCAAUUGGAGAGAAUAUCCUCCAGAAUACAACACUUACACACACACACACACACACACACACACACACUCACACUCACACUCAAACAAGUCUUCAUUUCCAUGCCUGAACCAUUAAAUUGAAUAACUGAAUAAACAUAUGAUUGGACUCUUUGAU